AUGUCCAAAUCGAGCGACGCAUCAGAUAACAAGAUCUGGUUCAUCAGCGGCGUAUCCCUGGACAAGGCGCCAUGGCCGUCAAAUUUGAUCAUGUCCAAAGCUGUACUCCUGAACCCCAUUCACACAAGACAUAUUGACGGGGAACACGACGGCAAAAGCAGAGGCAACGAACUUGAGCAUCGCAAACGGCGCAUAUACGUCAAUCUAGUCGUAUUGUUUCGGAUAUUGAUCACUGCUCAACACUUGUCGUUCGACCAUGACAAUUUCUGGCAAUUCGUCCGUCUGAGCUGGGGCUGUAAUACCAGCGCACAGCAAACUGAGCAACUGGUUAGGACAUAUGUGGGCCGCCGCCUUGCAUAUGUCCGGUCUCCAAAGAUACGACACAAACACUGUGAUCUCCUGACAGAUCUGAUUGACGCAUGGAUUGAACGAGCCGAAGAUGUUCCCGUGUCAGGGUUGCCACCUGACCAUGUCAUUGCGGCCGAAUGGGAAGCUGUCAGAGAGGACUGGGACCAUCAAAUCACUGUUAACUAUCAGUCGCUGAUGAGGAGAGAUAAUAUACCACCUCUUCGGACGUUCUCUUGGGACGGAGAAACUUCAGCAACCUUGAUGAUCAAAGGUGACGCGUCGAGAUCCGGCAGGAGCAGCAGUAACAGCAAUCGUGAGCUGUUUCCAGCACGAUUCAUCAAGAAAGCUGAAGACGACGAACUCGAUUCGAAAGACGCGGUUAAGAAGUUAAGCAACGCCCCAGACACCAUCCCUGUUGGAUCAACAACAUCAACCCGAGAUUGCGACAUUUUGGAUGCGACCUUCACCCAACCAGAUCCAACCUCCGAAGAACAGGAAUCAUCCUCUUUGGUCAAAGAUGGAGGGCAAAGCGCACAGGAGACUACUCAAACACACGAGACUCGGCCAGGCAAUCCCGAAAGACGAGUUGUCGAGCAUCAUCAAGAAGCUCAAACCUUGGAUGACCUGGUGAAAUCUGUUCUACAGCCCAGCGACCUCUCACGCGACAUUCAAAAGGCGUACAACGAUCUCACCACCUUUACAGCUUCAGAGUACAAAAAUACGCUGGAGAAGCUGAACGGCAUUACCGGAGAACUAACUGCUCUCAGCAACCAAAUCGCCGAAUGUCGCCAAACUGCCCACAAAUUACAGCAGCAGCAAGAGAAGCAGGAGCAUGGUUAUGAGAACCAGUUCGAAACAGUCAGCGCAAAUCGGUUAAAUAAGAUGGAGGAUGCUCUCCUGUCUAACACGGUCUUGAUCAGCAACUGCAGAACCUUGGUUGAGUCUCACUGCCACGGCAAGGCUACCCCUGUUCACCAAUAA